CACAAAACAUCGAGGCGCCUUGCCGAGCACACAAGCCCUGAGUGGACGCCAUUUAGACAUCCAUAUUAGCAGCCACAGCCACAGUCAGUGUCAAAGUCAGAGUCAGAGCUAACCAACGCUGUUGACGUGCAACGACUAAACAACGGAGACCCAAAGCUUAAAGUAAAACAGAAAGAAAAGUUUAUAUACUUCUAUAAAAAUGUCCAUCUCCGAUUUUCGCAAAAAGAAGCUGCUGUUCCUGUUCAAUGUCUUCUUCGAUGUGAACCAAAGCGGCGAAAUUGAUGUGAAGGACUUCGAGCUGGCCAUCGAGCGUGUGUGCAAACUGCGCGGUUGGGCAAAGGACACACCAAAGAACAAGGAGACUUACGACGUCAUGAUGGAAAUUUGGACUGGUCUCCGAUCGAAGGCUGACAAGGAUAACGAUGGCCAGGUCAGCGUGGAUGAAUGGUGCAACAUGUGGGACGCAUACGCCAAGGAUCCCAGCAGCGUAAUGGACUGGCAGAAUGCGUAUAUGAACUUUAUGUUCGAUUUGGAGGAUGCCUCACAUGAUGGCGGCAUCGAUGUGAAGGAAUUUACGCUGGUCUGCUCCAGUUAUGGGCUGGACAAGAAGGAGUGCGAGGAGGCAUUCAGCAAAAUGGCCCAGGGUCAGGACGAUGUGACUCGCGAGCAGUUCGCCAACUUGUGGAAGGAGUAUUUUGCUGCCGAGGAUGCGAACGCCCCCGGCAACUUCAUCUUUGGCAAGACCACAUUCUAACUGCAGUCCAGAGAUGCCUGAUCGAUUUGGUCUUUGUCACUGUUAGUAAAUGCAAAUAGUAAAAUAUCAAAUUUCAAUUCUAAUUUAAUGCUGAGUUAACAGGCAACCUCAAGUUCCAUUUCAAUUUUGGCAAUUUAUAGUCCAGUUAGCAGUUAGCAGUUAGCACUCCCAAAUGCUCUGAUGUUUUAUAAUUAAAUGUUCUUGUCAACGGUACUCAACUCACCUUUUGCUCAAUUCAAUGUUCUAAUUUGGUAGCCCAAUUUGUUAAAUCAAAAAUUAAUUAAAUCAAAAACUAAUUAAAUCGAAAA